AUGGAAUUGCAUCUCUACUCUCGCCAGCUGUUUGGUAAUAUUCCACCUCCCCCAUCUCUCAAUUUUACUUCACUUGUUCUAGAUCUUAGUGAUAAUAGCUUUGUUUCAAAGAUACCUGAUUGGCUUGUUAACAUUAGCACCUUACAACAUAUUGGCAUAAGCAACAAUGGUCUUUAUGGAAAAAUACCACUUGGUUUAAGAGACCUGUCAAAGUUAAAGUAUUUGAAUUUAGAGGACAAUUACAAUCUCACAGCAAGUUGUUCUCAACUCUUCACGCGAGGAUGGGAAAUGAUACAAGUGCUUAAUUUGGGAAGUACUAAAGUACAUGGGAGUCUUCCUUCAUCCUUUGGAAACUUGACUUCUCUCACUUACCUUGAUCUUUCUUUUAAUGCUAUCGAGGUUGUUAUUCCUAGUUCCAUUGGUCAACUCUGCAUUUUGAAUAUGCUUGAUUUAUCUGAAAACAACAUUACAGGAACUCUACCUGAAUUUCUUCAAGGAACAGAUAAUUGUCUUUUCAGAAAACCUCUUCCUAAUCUUGAGUAUUCUAUCAUGAAUAACAUCCAGCUGCAUGGUAAAAUCUCAUAUUGGUUAGUUCAGCUAAAAAAUCUAGCUGGUGUAAGUCUUGCACAUAAUUUGCUUGAAGGUCCCAUCCCUAUUUCUUUAGGGUCAUUGCAAAAUCUUAUGACGUUGGAACUUGAAGGGAAUAAAUUAAAUGGUACUCUCCCAGAGAGUUUAGGACAACUUACUAAGUUGUUACGCUUAGAUGUUUCUUCCAAUCAAUUGACAGGCAUGAUAACUGAAGGCCAUUUUUCAAAGCUAAGGCCUUCAUUCCCACCUUGGAUGAAAUCACAAAAACAGGUUAAAGAAUUAGACUUCUCAAAUGCUAGCAUUGGUUCGCUUCCAAAUCCAAUGCCUAUGGAAUUGGCUUCUUCUAUUGUCGUCGAUCUAAACUUUAAUCUUCUUGAGGGACCAAUUCCUACUAUAACACCUGGAUUUGAGUUGUUAGAUCUCUCACACAAUCGCUUUUCUGGUGCAAUCCCAUGGAACAUAAGUCAACACAUGCAUUAUGUGGGAUUUUUAUCUCUUUCUCAUAAUCAACUCCAUGGAGAAAUACCAUUGUCUUUAGUAGAAAUGUCCCUAGUAACUGUCAUUAAUCUUUCAAACAACAACUUAACUGGAAGGAUCCUCCAAGCCUUGCAAAUUGCAUUCUUCUGGAUGUACUAG